AGCAAAUGCGAGGAGACCAGCUGUGGCCACUGGCCAUCUCAGAGGUGUCAACCUACUUAUCAACAUUUUUCUAAAGAACAACACCUGAUGAGAUUCAUUGAAGGCUGUGGAUUUCCUUAGCUUCUGGGAUUGAUAAUGCGGGGGCUGAUCGACCCGUCUUCGGUGGGAAAUUCUGGAUUCUGGGAAACGUGGGGAGAGAAUAGUGUGUGAUCAGCUGUGGGCCACAUGUGAUCGAUUCCAUUGAUGAUGGUCCGUAACCUGAGUUUCUUCGUCAUCAAUUUUUUCGAUUGAAAAAUGAAGAAAGAGGAGUUUAAUGGGCGAGCUGAGACAGUACGGAGCAUUGAUGACUAUUCGAGGAUGGCUUUCGAGGAAAGACUUUUGCCGAAGUACAUCAAGAUAGCGUUGGUUGUCAGCACGUACUGGGUCAUCUCGAUAGUAACAGUAUUCGUGAAUAAAGCUUUACUGUCGAGUAAAACGAUAAAUUUGAAUGCCCCACUAUUUGUAACGUGGUUCCAAUGUGUUGUCAGCACAUUAAUAUGUUUUUCUCUCAACAAAUUGGCGAGAGCAUUCCCGAAGACUAUUUCAUUUCCGAAUGGAAAUCCUUAUACCAAAGAUAACAUAAGGAAGGUUCUUCCACUGUCCAUUUUAUUCACACUGAUGAUAGCUAGUAAUAAUUUAUGCCUGCAACAUGUUGGUGUCGCUUUUUACUACAUUGGGAGGUCAUUGACAACAGUAUUCAAUGUCGUUUUCACGUACCUGAUUCUUGGUCAGAAAACUUCCUUCGGCUGCAUAACAUGCUGCGCAGUAAUAGUAGCAGGAUUCUGGUUGGGUGUGGAUCAAGAGCACAUAGCAGGAUCCCUAUCCACUGCCGGAACUGUCUAUGGAGUCUUGGGAUCGCUGAGUCUUUCCCUUUACUCCAUUUACACAAAGCGCAUACUGCCCCUAGUUGAUCAGGAGAUCUGGCUCUUGUCAUACUACAAUAAUGCCUACAGUAUAUUUCUAUUCCUCCCACUGAUGCUACUCAACGGCGAGUACAGUGUUAUCUAUAACUAUGAUAAGCUAGACACCAUGAACUUCUGGCUUGCGAUGACAGUCGGAGGAAUUUGCGGCUUCGCCAUUGGAUAUGCCACUGCUUUGCAAAUUCAGGUGACAUCGCCGUUGACUCAUAACAUCAGUGGAACUGCUAAGGCAUGUGCACAAACAGUACUAGCUAGCUAUUGGUUCAAUGAAUCCAAGCAGGUGCUCUGGUGGACGAGCAAUUUCAUCAUUCUUGGGGCCUCUGCUAUGUACGCACGACUCAAGCAGCUUGAUAUCGAGAGGAGUCACAGACAACCGAAGAGCUUUCGACAGGAGAAAGCUUGAUAACUAAGAUAUUGUCCAAUUGAAUUAUGGCUUGGACCUGCAUUUUGUACAGCUGUGGGAAUGAUUGCAAUAAGGGAUUAUUUUUAUGGUAAGACAUCUUUCUAUGCUGGAGAGGGUCGAUGUUUCGUUCCUAGAGGUGUCAAUGUGAGAUUUAUGGAAUUGAAGAGAAUAAACACGAUGAGAUUUUCAGAAA